AGGAAGCAUUCUCUACUGUCUUUCACAAUAUCAUUAAUCUUCUCACAUGGAGCUGGCAUUUCCCACCUUCUCAAUCCUUCUAACCUUUCUUCUCUUUCUCUUCAUGCUGCUGAAAAAGGGGAAGAAAUCAAAAACCGUUGAAAAAACUUUGAAUUUGCUUCCAGGGCCACUGAAAUUACCUUUCAUAGGAAACUUGCACCAGCUGGGAGGCUCUCUACCCCAUCACAGAUUAAGAGACUUGGCCAGGAAAUAUGGUCCAUUAAUGCACCUACAGCUCGGGGAAGUUUUCACUGUGGUAGUUUCAUCUCCCAGGUAUGCCAGAGAAGUUAUGAAAACCCAUGAUAUAAACUUUGCAUCAAGGCCUCAGAUGGUGGCCAUACAUAUCAUGUUUUAUGAUUCUUCUGAGAUAGUCUUUGCACCGUAUGGUGAUUCGUGGAGACAAUUACGAAAAAUUUGUACAUUGGAGCCUUUUAGCACGAGAAGGGUCCAGUUUUUCCGAUCAAUUAGAGAGGAAGAGGUGUCUGCUCUCAUUCAUCGGCUUGCUUCAAAUGCGGGAUCACCAAUUAAUCUUACGGAGAAAUUUUCACACUGAUUUAUGGAAUCACUUCUAGGGCAGCCUUUGGCCCUGGGUGUGGCCAGCAAAGGUUAAUCAUGUUAAGAAUCAAGUGUUAUAUUUUUAUAUUUUUAGACAAAUUUAAGAUUUUUAUGUUUCUCUCACAAAUU